AGUGUGCUGCUUUGUGUUUGCCUUAAGCUGUCUAACCAGUUUGUGAGGCUUUUUCACAAGCCUAAUGGAUUAGAUUUUCCUUCCCAUUUCCUUAGCAGAGAUGCGGUAUCGGGAGCUUUUUCUGUUGUUUACCUUCCGAGCAGGCAGUUCUCGUUCUUCUAGUUCUGCAGCCGAGAGCCGGGUACACAGUGUCUGCUUGGAUACUGUCGUAGUUUCUCCGGGAAAUCUAAUCAUGUUAAAACACAGCCUGGUUUUGUUCACUUUUGGACUCACUUUAACUGGGAAACCUUUUUGGAUAAAAGGUGCAUCUUCUGAACAGACAUCCAGACUUUCUACAUUAGAAAUAGUUAUUCCUCGAGGUCUGACGGGCAGAGAGAAACAUCACUCAUUUUCUCAUGAGGAGCAUUCAGAUGACAAUCUCUCUUACUCAAUUAAAACCAGAAAUGGAACGUAUCUCCUCAAACUGAAGAAAAAUAAAAAGCUUGUUGGCGAAGGCUUUAUGCUAUAUACCUAUGGGAAAAAUGGGAAACUGGAGGCAACACAAUCAAAAAACAAGACACACUGUUAUUACCACGGCACUGUUGAAGGAAUUGCUGGCUCGAUGCUUGCUCUGAGCACAUGUGGUGGCCUUAGAGGAAUUCUCAACAUCGGUGGCAAAUGGUAUGGAAUGGAGCCGCUCAACGCAUCCAGCACAUUUGAACACGUGUUUUACCAGUUAGAAGAUAUGCAGGAUAUCCCCUUCCAAUGCGAUGUGCUGAACGGCAGCCUUCAUCACGAGAUGUUUGUACAGCAGCCUGUGAAAUAUGCAUUUUUAUCCAACAGUACCUCUAUCAGCGAAAAGCUUUUGAGGAAGAAGCGAGCUGUCCUGCCGCAGAAAAGCUAUGUGGAAUUAUUUGUCGUUGUGGAUCACAACAGGUUUUUGCAGAAGAAAUCUGAUCCUGCUGCGGUGCAAAAGGAAACAGUUGAGCUGAUUAAUUACGUUGAUGGGAUGUAUAGAGCACUAAACAUCCAGAUUGUUUUGGUUGGAUUAGAGAUCUGGACAGAUAGAAACCACAUAUCUGUAAUGGAUGGUUCAGCUGGAGAUGUACUGGGUAGAUUCGUUUCUUGGAGACAGAAAGAGCUUCUUAAACGAUCGAGAAAUGAUGUUGGCCAUCUCAUUGUAGGGAGAAGCACUUAUGGUGGAUCCAUUGGAAUGGCUUUUGUGGGAACCGUCUGCUCACAAGUCCAGGGAGGCUCCAUCAGCACUUUGAAUCAUAACAAUAUGUUACGUCACGCUACAGUAGUUGCACACGAACUGGGGCACAAUCUCGGACUGAAACACGAUGAUAACAGGUGUCCUGCGUCCUAUAUUAUGCACAGCACAGAUAAUGGAUCCAGGAAUUUCAGCACCUGCAGUGCUGAUGAUUUUGAGAACUUUAUUCUAAAUGGACAAGGAAACUGCCUUAGAAAUCCUCCCAAAACAAGUCAUGUUUACAAAGAACCUGUCUGCGGUAAUAAUGUGCUCGAUAACAAUGAAGAAUGUGACUGUGGCAAACCGCAGGAAUGUACCAACCCUUGUUGUGAUGCUGCAACCUGCAAACUCACACCUGGAUCGCAGUGCGCUCAAGGACUGUGCUGCAAAAAUUGCAAGUUUAAAGUGGCAGGAACAGAGUGCAGAUCAAAAAUGAAUCUCUGUGAUCUACCUGAAUACUGCAACGGCAGCAACGCCUACUGCCCAGAGGACGUUUAUGUCAUGAACGGUUACCCAUGCGACAACAUGAGGGCAUAUUGCUACUACGGAGUGUGCCAGAGUUUUGAUUCACAAUGUGAAGCUAUAUAUGGAAAAGGGGCACGAAAAGCACCUGAUGUGUGCUUUGAGAAAGCGAAUAUUAAAGGAGAUAGAUUUGGAAACUGUGGAAUGAGAGGUGGAGUGUACAAGAAAUGUCCUGUUCAGCACAGUCUGUGUGGCAAGCUCCAGUGCACGUCUGUCAGUCUUCAAAAUCUUCCUGCUUGGAGCGUUGUCAAUAACGCAUCUGGGGUUCUAUGCUGGUCUUCUGACUUUGACUUAGGAUCAGAUGUCCCUGAUCCUGCCCAAGUUCAUGAUGGAACAGCCUGUGGAGAAAAGAAGGCCUGUUUUGAUUUUGAAUGUGUUGAUGCAAGUCAUCUGGGCUACAGCUGUGAUGUCAAGCAGAAGUGUAAUGACCAUGGGGUGUGUAACAACAAUGGGAACUGCCACUGCGACUCCGGGUGGGCGCCGCCGUUCUGCAACCGCUCAGGCUACGGCGGCAGCGUGGACAGCGGUCCAGCUCACAUCGAUACAUCACUUCGGGAUGGUCUGCUUAUUUUUUUCUUCCUCGUGUUGCCGAUAGUAAUCAUUAUUAUCUUAGCGGUGAUUAAGCGUGAUGCAAUAAAGAGAAAAUUUUGCAGGAAAAGUAGAAGAGAAAACAGGGAUAACAAUGUGCAGCAACCAAAGCAAAAUAACAGACCAAGUCAUAAUACAAGACAUAAUCAGCCUGCCACAUCAAGUCCUGAGUUUUUUACUAUAUCCCAUUUCCCUGGUCCAAGGCAGCCAGUAAAAAGCCAGUUUCCUGCAAUUCCUUCAGGACCUCAACGACCCGAAGUCCCACCCAGACCAGUUGUCUGAAAAGUUGCUUGGGAAACCCUCAACCAAUUCUGACAAGUAACUUGGUCUGAAAAGAAAUCUCAAGUCCUCUCCCUGUGCAGCCAAAACACCUUCUGCAAGCACGUACCUCUGGAAAGGACUUGAUGCUAAGAGGCAAUGAGCACAGAUUUUGUUACAUCCCAUUGUUUUGCUAAUUGCUGCUGGCUCUAUUUGUGCCUCUUCUACCUCACCUCUUGUUUUUUAUAAAUAGAAGAAUGACGGUCAACUCUUGUUGGAUUAAAUCAAUAACAGCAUCAGAGAACAGGACUCUUGUGAAGUGCAGCCUUACUUGCAGGCCAAAGAGAAAUGAAUUCAGUUAUCUACAGACAUAAUUUAUUCACCUCUCAUCAUACGCUGCUGUGAAAACGAGGACGCAGAGACCUCUUGGGAAUUCUGCAGCCUCUCUACCUCUCGGACCGUCGGGCACCUUCAUAGCACCUGCUGAAUGCACCUGAACCCCGUGCACCAGGAAUGCAGGUGGUUCCUACACAUUCUCAGCCUCAUCUUUGGCGUAAGUAAAUCAAAGCUGGGAUCCGGAUCCUGCCUCGUUACCUACUGGCUGCCUUACUUUCCAGUUCAGGUGAUUUAGAAAAGUAACCUCCUAUAGGGAGAGCAGCAAUGGAAAGAAACCCUGUAGACAGAAUGUAUGAGUCUAAAAGAGACAAGCCAUCUCUGUUGUUAUACAAAACAGUUCUGUUGUUAUAGAAAAUCCAUAUAUCAGGGAAUACGUUACACAACUUAACAGUGGUUUAAUGUUUCCUGGUUACUGCAGCUUGAGAUUUUUGCUAGAAACUGACUCCACUACAAAAGCAACAGGUAACUUCUGUCAUUCUAAACAGGACAAUUAAAAAAAUGUAGUAAUUUAAAAGAAAAUAUUUGAAGUUGCAUAGUUUGUCAAAACGGCAACGAAUGGAAAACUAAUGGAAAAGGAAAAAACUCAGUGGCAAGAACAAAGCUGUGGAUACUGAUCAGCCUGCAAACCACAUAUGGACUGUGUUCACAUGCGAACUUUGGGAACAGCAAAAACAGUGAAUAAAUGAAGGAAUCGCCUCACUGAUAAAAUAUUUCUACUCCCUUUGAUGGCCAUUUCACCAAAGGGCUGGACAAACGAACCUAAAACAUUGCAGGCCUAAAUCUGCACUGGCAAGGAAUGUCUGCCAAACUGUCACCUCCUCAGAAUAUUAAAUUGUUGUUAUUACUUCUUUUUUUUAUAAUUUAGAGCUUAUUAAUAAUAUGACGUUAAUGUAAUUUAAAAGAAAUCAUCAGGGUCAACACACUUAGUAGUAUUUGGAUUUGACGAUCUUAACAACCACAACCGCUGGGCACACCCGGGAUCGCCAGCCGCUUCUGGGUUCAUUAAAAUGUAUUAUUGCAUUUAUUAUCGAAAUAAAGUCGAGUAAACCCG